AUGAGCAGUUCUGAACACGAUAGUCGUGUUGCGUACUGUAAGGAGCAUAAUGUGCAUCAUCUCUUUGAGCUCAUGGCUUCCAGGUUGCUAGUUGAGCGCCCCGAGAACCCUUUUGAAUACCUUCGGGAGUUGCUGGUCACGGUGGAGAACUCCAAGAAGCAAACAGCACAUGAUCCCACAAUGCUUCCGUCGUCGCCAUUGGGGGCGAAGGACAAGCUGACGAAGAUCACAAUAGGCACAUUUGGUAUUGAGAAUGCCGGCAAAACAACGAUCAUUUCUGCUUUGGGAGGAAAUAUUGAGAAGAAUCCUAUGCCUACCGUCGGAUUCACUCCUACAAGAUUCCAGACGGAUAGGUGCGAUCUUUGCAUCUUCGACCUUGGCGGAGGCGCCAACUUUCGAGGAAUUUGGGUUCACUAUUUCCACGACUGUCAUGGUUUCAUGUUCGUCAUCGACUCUGCAGCGGAUGAUGCGGUUGUGGAGGAAUCCCUCAAUGCACUUCGCACUGUAGCGCAGCACAAGCAUGUGCGUGGCAAGCCGGUGCUGGUGCUGGCUAACAAAAAGGACUUAAAGAGUAGCAGAGGCGUUGAGAUUGUUUCUGAAGGCCUCUUGGAGGAACUCUUUGGGGAUGUUUCUCUCUACCAUCUAGUGCCUUCAUGUGGCAUUGAGGAGGAUCCUGAACUGGAGAAGGGCGUUGAUUGGCUAUUGACGAAGAUACAGAAGGAAUAUACUCACAUUGAUAAGUUGGUGGAAAGUCAGACGCUGGAGGUAAAAAUGGAGGCGGAACAAAAGAGGAAGAAGUUGCUUGAAGAAUAG